UUAAUAAUAACAUAGAUAUCUAUUUACUAAUAAAACUACAAAAAGUACACUAUUAUAUAAAGGAAAAUUUGCCCAAAAUAACACGAACUUUGGUCGGUUCGCCAAUAAUAACACCACCUUUGAGUUAUCCCAAAAUAACACCAACUUUGGGGGGUGUCUUCCAAAAAUGGUACAAAAAAAAUGGUAACCGGAUUUAGGAGGUAAUAUUGCUGACGUGUGUUAUGUUUUUGCCAGGUUGUGCGUUGCUUCCCCUUAACCAUCCAACGUGUAAUUAAAUUUUACACACCUAACUCCUGUCUCCCUCUUUAAUUCAUUUCCCUCCAUAUUUCACUCUCUUUCUUCGUCUUCCAACCAUUUUAUCAGAGAAUCUCAGAGCAUAUUCAAUUCCUCAUUUCGUCAUUUCCCUUUGAAAUAAUCAGAACUCAAUUCCGAAAUUCUACUGCUCCCAAAGAAAAUUGCAUUGAAGUGAAGUGAAGAGAAGAGUGAAAAAGUUGCGAUCUUUGGUUCCCAAAAUGCCCAGAAAGACGAAGAAGAAAGGGUCUGCUGCAAAUACUCAUGUUUUUGAUAAUGUGACUGUUCGAUUCUGGUAUGGGGGUCAAUUUAAGCAUGUUCGUAAUGGUGAAAUGGUGUAUAAGGGUGGGAGUUGUAGUAACUUUGAUGUUGACCCAGAUGAACUUUGUUACUGGGACUUAAGGGAUUAUGGUAGUAAGUGUGGGCUUGCUCAUGUGGAUGCUUUGUUUUACCAAAUGCCUGGGUUAAAUAUUGAGAAAGGUUUGAGAAAAAUUCAAGGGGAUGCUGAGGUGUUAGAGAUGGGUAAGUUAGCUGUUGUAAAUAGGAGUAUUGUUGUGUAUGCAGUUCAGUUUGAGAGAAAAGUGGGAGAAGGUUCAAAUGCUGAAGUUGUGGAAGUUGAUGUGGGCAACACAAGUCAGAAAAGUACUUUGUUGAAUGCUGACCCCAAAGUUACCAUAUCCAAAACAACAGGCAAGGUACUUGAGAAACCCCCACCCAAACUGAACAAAAGAAAAAAAUUGACCCCAAGGAAGGGACCACAAACACAGGUGGUGAAACCCUCAUUGACUGAAGAAGAUGCUUCCACUUCACCUAUAAAAGCAUCUACCACAUCACCCAAAAAAGCAUCUAUAACUUUACCAGAAAAAGCAUCUGACCUUCCCCACAAAAAAACAAAAAAAACUGACCCAACAACCUCAUUUAUUCCCCACCAACCAGCAACUCAAAAAGAACAGACUCAACCCCCCUUGAAAAUCACUUCAGAAACUCAACCCUUCACUCAAAACCAGUCUCUUCAUCUUUCUCAAUUCCCAUCCUUAGAGUUUGUUUCUACUGGUGAGUUUCCUGAGGUUAACACAGAUUUCAAUGAGGAAUUUGAGUGGGAGGAUGACAGACCAGAGAGCCCUUUGAAAUGGAAUGAAUUAGUUGCUGAUGAUGAGUCUAGUGAUGAGAGUGAUCCAUUAUAUGAUCAUGAGUAUCAGAAGUUUUGUGAGGGUGGGGAGUUUGAAGAUGAUGAUGAAGAUGAUUUUCAGUUUGAGGUAGAUGAGAGCAUAGAGAAAGAGAAGGAAAGUGAUUUUAGUCUAUCUGACAUAGAUCUAGAAGGUGAAGGUGAAGAUCUAGAACAGACUGAUUUCUUUGAAGAUGAAUCUGAGGGCAGUGAUGAUGAGAUUAUUGAAGCAAGGGAUAGAGUAAAGAGGGUUAAUACAAAGUUACUUGAGAUAGUGAAGGGAUUGCAAGAAAAAGUUUGUAAGGAGAAGGAGAAGGAAAAGACAGUUGACGAGGAGAGGGAGUUUGAAGUUGAUGAAGAGAGGGAGAACUCAGUUCAUGAAGAGGUUGCAAGGGAUGUAAACCUAAGUGACUGUGAUGAAGAUAAUGACAUUGAUACACCACCUGGUAGUAGUGAUGAAUUAGAAGGGAAAAAGGGAGAGUUAGUGAGCCAUGAAACUGAUUUCAGUAAGUUUCAUUGGAAGGUUGGUAAGAGGUUUGCUAAUGCCAGUGACAUUAAGGAUGCUGUCACUAAGUAUGCUGUAUUACAGGGUAGAGAUCUAAAGUAUAGUGUGAGCUGGAAAAAUAGACAAAGGUUGGGAGUGAAAUGUGUUGGUGAAUGUCCAUUUUAUUUAUAUUUUUCUGUGCAUUCUAGAGAUGCAACUUGGCUAGUGAAGAGAGUAGUUGGAAAUCACACAUGCCAUAGGAACAUGAAUAGUAACAGGAAGUUGAAGUCCAGUUGGGUGGCUAGGCAGUUGCUUGAUGUGUUCAAAGCUAGGCCACAUUGGCCAGCUAAGGAGAUUGUAGACACUGUAAGGAGGUCUUACAGAAUGAUUGUCAGUAGAGAUUUUGCUGACAAAGUAAAAUACCAUGCACACAAGAUGUUACAUGGCUCUAUGAAAGAGCAUUAUAUGAAGGUGGAGAGGUACUUGAAGGCAUUGAAGGAAGCAAGUCCUGAAACAGUGUUGGAGUUGGUAGUUGCUCCACAACCUCAGAGUUCUACCCCAAUGUUUAGUAGGAUGUUCACUUGCUUUGAUGGAGUUAAGCAAGGGUGGACAGCAGGGUGUAGGAGAGUGAUAUGUGUGGAUGUUGCAUUUUUGAAGACAUUUCUUGGGGGUCAGAUAUUGACUGCUGUUUCCAGGGAUCCCAAUGAACAGAUGUUCCCCAUUUGUUGGGCUGUUGUGGAAGGGGAGAACAAUCUGUCUUGGGAAUGGUUCUUUAACCACUUAAAGAAUUGCCUAGAUCUUGGACAAGGAGAAGGGAUAGCUAUUAUUUCAGAUGAGCAUCAGGCUAUCUUACAUGCUGUAAGUGUUGUUCUUCCUAAGGCUGAACAUAGGCACUGUGCAAGGCAUAUUUUUGCCCUCUGGCACAGAACCUACAAGGGAGAUGAGAUGAAGCUUUUGUUUUGGAAGAUAGCAAAGGCCUAUAACCAGGCUGAUUUCAAUGAAGCAAUGGAUGAGUUGAGACAGAUUGAUGAAGAGGCUGCCCUUGCAAUAACAAGGUACAAUCCUCAGUUCUUCUGUAGGUCAUUCUUACAGGAAGGCAUCAAAUCUGAGGCCAUUACUAACAAUAUGGCUGAAACAUUUAAUGCUUAUAUCAUUAAUGCUAUGACUAAACACAUAAUUUACAUGUUAGAGGAAAUUAGAGUUGCAUUGAUGCAGAGGUUAGUCAAAAAAAGACAUGAGAUGGAAAAAUGGACCUCUUUGCUAUGCCCUAAGAUACAAGCUAGUUUAGAAAAGGAGAAAGAGAAAGCUGCUGAUUGUGAAGUCUUGCCUUCUUCUGUGAGUCAGUUUAAUGUUAGGUAUUAUUUGGAUCAGUUGAAUGUAGAUUUAGUUGCUAGAACUUGUAGUUGUAGAAAAUGGAAUAUGGUAGGCAUUCCUUGCUGUCAUGCCAUAGCUUGCAUUUAUUUUGUGAACCAAGAACCUGAGGUAUUUGUUGAUGAAUGUUACAAAGUUGAGACUUAUAAGAAGGCCUACAGUGGUUGUAUACCUCCAUGUGAAGGUGAGAGGUAUUGGCCAAGAUGUCCAUGCAAUUUGGACCCCCCUCCUAUCAAGAUAGGUCCUGGUAGGCCAAGAAAGAACAAAAUUAAGCACCCUCUUGAGAAUCCUAAGAAGCCAGGGUCAUUGAGUAGGGCAGGAGUAGAAAUGACUUGUAGCAUAUGCAAGAAGAAGGGUCAUAACAAGAAAGGCUGCAAAGACAAGGAUUCUGUUGUCCAUGAUGAACCAGCACCCAAAAGACCCAAGGGAAGACCAAGAAAGACUGCCCCAUCUACUGAUGUAACCUCACAUGCCCCAUCUACACAAGCAACCCCAACACCCACCCUGACACAGACUGCAUCAUCUUCAACUCCUGCAACACAAUCUGCCCACCAUACUGCUACUGCACAGCCAACUCAACUAGGCAGGGGUGGAAGAAUGAUACUUGGAGGUCAAGGUGCUAGAAGUGUCAGUCAAAGCAGCACCAGAGGAAGAAGCUCGGCUAGUAGAGGGUCUAUAACUACAAGUAGGGGAAGAGGAAGGGGAAGGGGAAGAGCACAACCAUCAGGAAUUGGGAUAAUGUUUGCUGAUGAUGGAAGCCCAAUUGUUACAGCACCAAAUACCAGACCAAACACAAGAUCUAUCUCCCAGAUGCAGCAGUGA